AUGACUCGGGACACCUUCCGACAAGAAAUUCGAACCCUGAGUCUUACCAAAUAUCUGUCCGAAAUCAUGUCGGCCUGCUACGAGGGACUGUACAAGCUCAAGCCACAAGGAGAGAUCGACGCCGCGGUCGAGAUAUCCAGCGCUUUGCACCAGCGGUUUGGCCCAGCCAACUUUACCGAGUAUCUAGGAUGGUCCAAACCCGGAGGCAAACAUCCGACUCACAGGCAUGGUGAUGCAAGAUAA